AUGUUAAUCCUUAAGAAUAAUCGAUUUUGUUUCUUUUCUCCUAGCGAACUUGCCAGAGAAAAAAAUUUUAAAAAUCAAAAAAAUAAAGGACAUUCAGUAGCUGACACUGAAACUAAUAAAGGUCUAUCAUUACAAGAACGUCAAUUACGAGAUGCGGCGAGAAUGCGUGAGAAACAACAAUUAGCUGAACAGAAGAAAGCAACUGGAGAUAAUAAUGCGUCAGAUGGAAGUGGAGCGGCUGCGUCAGCUCGUUGA